AUGAACUCUGUUGAAUACCACUACCCCGUGAUCGGCCGCAAGGGCACUGGAGGCGUAUUUGAUCGCUUGCCUAUCGAGACACUGCAGAAGGAAUAUCCCUACCAAUUUGCCUUGUUCAUCCUUGCUUUCAGUGCGAUCCAGCAACGCUCCGAUGCUCCCCAAGUUGUGGAAGAGCCUGCAGCCACCUUCAUGGAAAUUGCGUCAAUUCACGGCAAGCCCUAUGUCGAAUGGGCUGGUGACCGCAACAAGGACAUCUCAGCUGACUAUAGUGCCACUGACAAGAAAGAUACCAAUCCUGUUCCUUCCAGGUUCGGAGGUUAUUGCAACCAUGGGUCUGUUGUGUUUCCCACCUGGCACCGCCCAUAUGUUCUGCUUCUUGAGCAAUCGAUCGGAAACGUCGCUGAAAAAUUGGCCCUCGACAUUGAAGCUCAUCACCCGGAUGAAAAGGGAAAAUGGACCAAAGCUGCAAACGAACUGCGUUUUCCGUACUGGGACUGGGCUGGCAAGGAUGUACCAGAGAAUGGCCUUCCUCCUGUUCUGUACGAAAAAACAGUCAAAAUUAUGUCUGCAGGAGGUAAAGAACAAACCGUCGAUAAUCCGCUUUCAUUUUUCUCGUACGUCGGGGGAGUCCCAUCCGACUUUAGCGACGAAAAGGAUGACGAGUCAGGUCAAGUUGCAUAUUUCUCCAAGUGGCAGAGGACAUAUCGCUACGCUUCUAGUACCCCGAACCCUGAUGGCAGCAACAUAGGCUUGUUGCAAAAGGCAUUCAAAGACCAGGCGGAAGCUGUGAGACGCGCAGUCGCUUACCUCUUUGUGUACAAUGAUGAUGAAAAUCCCGCGAUAACCUGGGACGAAUUCUCUAAUCAUACCGCGCAAUCGAAGAGAGAGAUGGACUUCAAAAACCGUACGUCGCUUGAAGGCGUGCACGACAAUAUUCAUAAUUUGCUUGGCGGGAAUGGACAAAUGAGUUACCCAGACUACGCCGGUUUCGAUCCUAUCUUUUUCCUUCACCAUGCAAAUGUGGACAGACUAUUGGCUCUAUGGGAGUGGUGCUACACCGAAUACUGGAUGGGAAGUGGAUAUAAACACGACGGGGAAGAAUACCCCUGGACACAGGCACGUGGCACAUACGCGCAAGUUUACAACGAACAACUCCUUCCAGACGGACCACUCCAGCCAUUCCGAACGGAACAAGGAGACUACUGGACCUCUUCUCAGGCACGAUCUUUGGAUCAAAAAGCCUACCCCAAGUAUUAUUCGUUUGACAAGUUUGAAGAAAUUAAGGUCGAUCAAGCUGCCACAUCGUCCCAACAGCGUGUCGAGGCACGCAAAAGGGUGCAAGUCUACUAUGGUUUCAAUCCGCAAACUCAGGCGAAACAGGUGGCCUCACCCGCUUGGAAGCACUUGCCUGUUCCAAACAAUGAAGAUCCUGCUGUGCCAAGUGAUCAUACCGUUAUCCCUCACUACCGCACAUUCUCUGUCCAUGUGAAACUUCUGGAACAUGCAUACAACCGCUCUUACUCAUUCCAGCUCCACCAUAAAGGGAAUGCUCAUUCGAGUCCGCAGCUCGUAGGCACCGUCUCAGUUUUUACACGGCCAGACAAUUCUCCUUGUAAAGCAUGUGCUACGCGUCGUGAGGCGGGAUCCGUAAUUCGCGGAUUGAUUCCCAUUCCUCCCGAAUUGAUCCAAAGUAUCAUCAAAUCAAACGGAGGCGCAGAUGUAGGGGUUUCGUUCGAUCAGACCCUCGCUCACAUCAAGCGGGAGUUCGUUGGAAGGCUUGUGGAUGUUACUGGCACACAGCUCGCUGGGGCUGAGGGAGGGCUGGACGUGAUCCAGGUCCCACAAGACCGUGCCACUUCUCGUAGCGUCACUCCCAUAGAAAUUUCUCUGGUGUCGUCUGCUGUCGCUGAGCACGUAGAGGACAAGAACCGUCCUGUCUACCUAUGCGACUGGCAGCACCAUGACAAUAUCUUUAACGGUGGAUGGCUAGCGACUCACAAGGAUUCGAAGUAA